CAUGUUUACAUUUAGCUAGGUACUGCUUCGAUGUGAAAACACUGUUCUCAAAAAGUUGUUCAAUUAAAAACAAUUUAAUUGAAAUGCUAUCUGAAUAUACCUGAAGCCUCUUAAAAACUAAAAAGUGAAGUGAAGUAUCUGAAUAUAUAACGAUUUUUUCGAACCUCAUAGUGUGGUACUGUGCGACGUGGACAAAUUCCACAAUCGAGCGAAAUUUCACCGAAAAAGCUAUUGUUUCGAAAGACUGAGAGAAUGAUGCUGUUUGUUUUUUGGCUAAAGUUUCGAGAUUUUUAAAGUGUUUCAGCUUAAGGUGAAGGUGGAAUGGAGUCGUAAAUGGCUGCCAUAAUGGCGCUCACUUCUCUUACCUGCCUACCUCACUCCUCGCCCGAUAUGCAGAAAAAUCAAUAACUUUGCGAAACAGAGUGUAGAAAAUGAUCGUAUUCGCACCAUCAAUUUUAGCAACUUUAACAUCGGUUGAGAAAAUUGUUUUGCAAACUUGGAACACUGCCUCGGCUGCCUCUGCUGUCAAAAAUAGUGAACGGAAAAGUAUUACAUUCAAUCAAAAUGCCUCGACCAACGAAGAGAAGGGUUGUAGCUCUCCAACGUGAACAUGCGAAAAAAAUGCGAUUAAUGAAGGAUAAUAUUAAGGAUUUAUCAACAUCGAGUUACUGUGCGGAAGAACUUGUUCAUACCGAAUAUUUGCCAUCGACAGAAUUUAGUGCUUAUACCACGAUGAUGACGAAGCAAGAAGAGCGACGUUUUAAAAUUAGGCUGGCGCAUGAAAAAAAUCCGGAAUUAUCCCACCGUGAACUGGCACACUUACUGAACGCUCCAAAAUCCACCGUGACAAGAGUGCUGAAAGCGUUCAACGAAAGAAUGACCACGGCACGAAAGUCCGGAUCGGGACGAAGAAAGAGUCGGAAAGCAUUCGGACAUAAUCCGAAGUCGUUGAUCAGAGAUGUUGGGAAGGAAACCGGAAUAUCACACUUUUCGAUGCAAAGAGCCAAGAUAUGGUUCGGAUUGUCAGCAUACAACAAUGUUCAAGUGACACCUGAUCGGGAUGACAAAGAUAACAUUUUGGCCGAAUCAAGAGCAACUGAAAUCCAAGAGAUCGGGGAAGGCGUAUUCGAUGUCCGCUGCAUCGUCCAGCACUGUGGAAUGACGAAGUGUGAGAAUCCAUCGAGAUUAUUCUUCCCUGCCCCGUUAAGCCAGGAAGAGCGCCGCAAGUGGUUAGUUCAGAUUGGAGCGCAGGACACUACACCGUCAACAGAUUCCUUCGCUGUUUGUGAUCUACACUUUGAGCUGGCGAAGGAUCUGCGGAACUAUGACGACGUUAUCACGGAAGGUCGACCAGGCAUUCUGAAGAAAUUCGUGAUGCCCACACGUAACAUUCCGGUGCCGUUUGGCCACAAGGUAGUCCACUUCUCGUACGAGUUCCAAGAAAAUACUGGCAAAGUGAAAAAAGAGCUCGAGGAGGAAGAUGAAUAUCCCUCACUGUUGGAGGAAAUGGCGCCGCCCGGUACAGCAUCCCAAAGUAACGGACCGUCAUCUGGAUUGGUAUUGGAAGACCCGCGUCACAUUGAGCAAAAUUCGGAUCAGGAAUUUUUACGCAUCUGUCGUUCUUGUCUGAGCAAGGACAACACGCUCGUGUCCGUUUUCGAGGAUGGGAUGGAUGAUAUUUUCUUCCAAUUCACGACGAUAUCGAUCGAUGAGAAUGAAGGGAUUUCGACACUUAUUUGUGACGAGUGCAAAUCUCGGCUACUGGAGUUACAAUUUUUCCGUGAAAGUUGCGUGAACAAUACGCAAAUUUUGAUCCAACGUUAUCAUAGUUUCUACGGGGGCGGACCACCGAUGGCGGAUACCGAAAUCGAUAAUAGUAUGUGUGACUACUCUUCGGAUUUUGUCACCGACGCGGAUAGUGUUGGUCUCCAGCAGGAAGUACACGUAGAUGAUCCGGAAGAUUUGCUGAUGCCUCAGAAAGAGGUGAUGGAGACGGAUUUCUGGGAACACGAAGAGAAACCCAAACCCAAACGGAAGCAAGUUUUUUCUCAACCAGCUAUAGAACCUGGACCUGUCGUAGUUGCACCUGCAUCUUCUGCUAAUUCCUCGAAACGAAAACCACUUGUGAAGAAGCGCUACACUUGCAAAUUCUGCAGAAAAGAGUACAGCUCGAAACCUGGCAUAGAAAUGCACAUGGAUACUCACAAGGGUCACAAUAUCGAGGAUUUCACACUCAAGUGCGGUCAGUGUUCAAUGCUGCGACGACCGGACGAUGUCCAUCGCUGCUAUGCGGACAACUUGUACUGUCAUAUUUGUGCGGAGAAGUUCCGAAGUUGGUCCUACCUGAAGCUACACUUGGCAAAGUUGCACAAGAUCAAAACAAAACGUCGUGAGUUGAUGUUGCAGUUGACGAAAAGUCCCAGAAUAGGGUGCAAAGACGAUCUGCUCAAACGGUUGGUUUGCAAAAUACCUCCGAAGUUUCAUCCAGCAAGGCCCAAACCGAGAGAAAUCGAUUUUAGCAGCAAUAGCAGCAGUAAUGACGCCUCAGCAGAGCCCACGUAUUACAAGUGUGGUUUUUGUCGGGCUUGCUUCACGUCGAGUGCCGCGUAUGAGAAGCACUUAUGUUCCCAUGCCGUUGUGCAAUUGACGCAGUGCAACGAGUGCGGAGAAAACUUUACGGAUUUCAAGGAGCUUCAAGAACACCACAACAAGCACGAGGGGGAUACGGAUGAACUGGGGACGGGUAGCUUACAGAACGGAUGUGUUCUUUGCAGUGAGACGUUCAAUCGGCGACAGACCCUGCUACUUCAUCGGCAGUAUGUGCAUCGGGACAUCGAUGUGGUUGAGUGUAGCGUGUGUUCAAGAUUCUUUUCCAAUUCGAGCGAGUUGGCCGACCACGAAUGUAACAGUGGUGAAAAGGUUACCCCUGAAGAGAACGGAGGCUUUGUUAUCGUCCAGCCGGAGUCCAUCUUGAACGGGGGUUCCACCGUACCACUGGAAGUUAACUCUGAACCAGUGGUGAUGCAGGAAGAAAACACUGAUCCCUUGCUCGGAUUGGGAAUCGAGGAGGUGAUCGAUCUUGCUUCGGAUGAUGAAGAACUGACUCAGGAACAGGAAUCAUUCGUGUGUGCAGUUUGUGGUAAGGAUUUUGACAAGGAGGAUGUCCUUGAUCGUCACAUGAAGCUUCAUCGGAUGAUGAAUGCAGCCAAGGCGGGCGAUACCGGGCUGGGGAAUUAGGAUCAACUGAAUGGAUUGAGGUUAAGUUAUUACGAUACAUCAAAUGUACUAUUAUCACUUUGUCAAGCUACAUUUAUUCCAAUUACUAUCGUACUGUUGCCUUUAUUAUGCAUAAAUGUAUCUUCAUUUAGUAUUGUCAAGUUUUGUAUAAUUGUUGAUGAUAUCACUUCCAUAGAUUUUACGUUUACUUAGCUUUUUUUACAUAAUUCAGAUUUAGAUACACCAUAAGUAAAAAGGUGUGCUCGUGCAAUUCUAAGUGGUGAUCAUAAUAAGUCCCAAAAAACAUCAACUCAAAUUCCUCUAACCCAGCAGCCAUUUUAUUAGUGAAUAAGUCAGAAAAUAAGCCGUAUACUAUAUUUUGUUUUAGGA